UGCGCAGUGUCUGGUUGUGUUCGGCUGGCAGCUUGGUCCUGCUGGCCCUGCAGGGAAAGCAGCAUGCCGUGCUGCCAGCUCUCUAGCCUGGCUCCGAAGGCGCUGGCCCCUCGGCUUCAGGAAAUCUGGAGUUUGGGACAAGGAAGUGGAAAGGACAGGGGUCAGGGCAGCCCUUGAGCUGCUGUUGGCGUUACUGCAACUACAAGAAUCUGCCAACUCCAGGGAUUGAGGUACCCACGCCCGCGGCUCCGUCCCGGUAGCACCCGCGCCCCUUCCGGUUCCCGGUUGCUGGCGGAGCCCGUUUCCGCCACCCGAGACAAGACCGCGUAUGCCAGCUGCACCGCGCCUGCGUAGACAGGGUGUCCGUCACCAUGGCAGCGGGCGCUGGGAGCCCGGGGUCCUGGAGUGAAAAUAUAUUGGCAUAUUUUCUAAGAAAUAACCAGAUUGCAACGGAAGAUGGCGCUGAAAUUACCUGGUAUCAUGCAGCUAACCACAAGGCUCAAAUGCAGGAGGCACUGAGAAGUGCUGCCCACAUGAUAGAGGCCGAUGUCCUUCUUCCAAGUGACGGUUCAGAGCAUGGCCAGCCAAUCAUGGCCCAUCCCCCUGAGACGAACAGCGAUAACAGUCUACAGGAGUGGCUGGCUGAGGUCACGAAGAGCAGCAAGGGCAUCAAGCUGGAUUUCAAGAGUCUGGCAGCUGUCAAAGCAUCUGUGGUGCCCUUGAAGCAUGUGAAGGAGCUCCUGCAGCGUCCCGUGUGGAUUAACGCUGAUGUUCUCCCAGGGCCAAAUGGGAGUAGCAAAGUAGUAGAUGGCAAGCUGUUUAUAGACACUGUGACGUCCUCGUUUCCAGAGGUGACCCUUUCCUUGGGUUGGACAACAGGGUGGCAUCCUGAGAAAGUCAAUGAAGGGUAUAGUUGGACAAUGGUGAAAGAGAUGGAUUAUAUAUGCAGUGGACUGAAUCAGCCCGUCACCUUCCCUGUCAGGGCAGCGUUAGUCAGGCAGUCUUGUUCUCAGUUACUCUGGCUAUUGAAGAAAUCAAACAGGGCUUUACUAAGUGCAAUCAACUCAGCUUUUUGGGCCGAAGUACCUGUUGACAGAGGCUCAGCCCAAAUGACGCUCGAGGUAGUUGUGACCGCUCCCCCAGCAUGCCUUUUACCAUUUCUGAUGAAGCUGCUUCCAUCCGUAUACCAGGUUUCUUCGGCGUCAGAUACAGCCUGACUAUUUGGACUGGAAAAGAUGAUAACUAUUCCACUGAAGAUUUACUUUAUAUUCGAGACCAUUUUAGUAAAAAACAAGUUUUCUAUGAUAUUUU